AUGUCGACUCCUAGUUUGAGACGGGCGCGCCUUCCACACCCUGUGGAUAGUGACGCCGUCACGCGUGUCACAACCCUCGUACCUCACUACCCGGACAGAAGCGUUCCGUUACAAGUUGGCGCCACCCAACCCGGUGAUUCAUAG